AUGAUUCUCUCCCAGUGGUUUGCUUUUGCAAACCUCUUUGGUGCUGCAUUUGCUGUACCAGGCAAAUCACUUGCUAAGAGAACUACUGUCAGCGAAAUCUUUACUGAUAUUGAGGACGCUGUUGACUGUACCGGGUGUGAGGCUUUGCUGGUUAUCCUGCAGGCCCUUGCAGAUCUUGGUAACGAUGAUUUCGUGGAUGUCAUCACGGAUGUCUGCAUCUUGGCCGGUGUUGAUGAUGACGAUGUAUGCGAGGGCGCGAUUUCUCGCGAGGGACCGAUCCUGGCCCAUGAUCUUCGCAACAUGGAUGUUCCAUCUCACACCGCUACCCUCUUCUGUACCACCAUCUUUGGUCUUUGUGAUUACCCAGCAGUUACUGAAUAUACGGUCGACUUCCCCUCCUCCAAACCAGCCAACGCAACUCGACCGGAAUCAAGUGGUGAAACUCCGAUCCAAGUAAUUCAUAUCAGUGACAUCCACGUUGAUCUCUCCUAUGAAGAGGGCGCAAACUACAACUGCACAAAGAGCAUCUGCUGCCGUCCGUACACCGCAUCUGAUGCCCCUGGAAAUACUAGUUACCCGGCCGGUGAAUAUGGAAACCACAACUGCGAUUCUCCCUUGGAUUUGGAGGAGAGCAUGUAUGAAGCUAUCCAGACCCUCAUCCCCGAUGCGGCAUUCACCAUUUUCACUGGUGACGUUGUCGAGGGAGCAGUUUGGCUUGUCAAUGAAACUGAGGUGACCAACGACCUCAAUGACGCCUAUGUGACCCGAAUGCCCGAUUAUCUCAAUUUGGUCUACGGUGUCAUUGGAAACCACGACGCUGCUCCAGUCAACUCUUUCCCUCCUUCUGACAUUGAUACUACCAUCUCCAGCCAAUGGGCGUACGAUACCCUGUCGUCCGACUGGACCCAGUGGAUUGGCUCCACGGCUGCCACCACCGCAGACGACUAUGGCGCCUACUCCGUGAAGUACCCCAGUGGAAAUCUGAGAAUCAUCUCUUUCAACAGCAAUUUCUACUACAAGGAGAACUUCUGGCUGUACGAGAAGACAAUGCAGACCGACCCCAAUGGCCAGCUGGCUUGGAUCGUGGAUGAACUCGACGCUGCUGAAACCGCCGGCGAGCGAGUUUGGCUCAUGGGCCACAUGCCAAUGGGCUCUGGUGAUGCUUUCCACGACGGAUCCAACUACUUCAACCAAAUCAUCCAGCGAUAUGACGCUACAAUCGCUGCCGUGUUUUACGGUCACACCCACAAGGACGAGUUCGAGAUUGCUUACUCGAACUACUCCAACCCUACCGCUGACACGGCCACCAUGAUGUCCUACAUUGCUCCUGCUCUGACUCCGACAUCUGGAAACCCGACUUUCCGCGUGUACUCUGUCGACCCGGUUACGUUCGGUAUCCUCGAUUACCAGGUCUACUUUGCCAACAUGUCGAGUUCCACAUAUCAGACCAAGCCCACGUGGGAGAAGUAUUAUUCGGCCAAGGAAGCAUACGGCUCCCUUCUCAGCCCACCCGUCACCGACAGUGCGGCCGAGCUAACCCCGGCGUUCUGGCACAAUGUCACUGCUCUCUUCGAGAAUGAUGAUUCCGUUUUCCAGGACUACUAUGCUCGCAAGUCCCGUGGGUGGGACGUUUCAUCCUGUACAGGCGACUGCAAGACCGAUGAGGUCUGUCAACUCCGUUCCGCCGAAUCGCAGUAUAACUGUGUCGAGAUCACCCCGGGUAUCAGCUUCAAGAAAGCGAAGCGAUCAACUUCUAGCAGCUCCUCUACUAACGAGGAGAGCGCGUGCGGAGAGUCAAUUAUUGGAAAGAUGUUUUCGGAUUUUGAGAGCACCGUGUCAACCCUGAAGACCGCCGCCACCGCGAAGCUGGGAUCAAGCUUCUUGGCUACCACCGUGAACACCACCGUCGUCUAG